AUCUAAUAUAAGUAAUAAAAAUUAAAUUUACUUGAAAAUAUUAUUUAAAAAUUAUCUAAACAUUCAGCAUUUAUUUUAGAUUUAUUUACCUCUAUUAAUAUAUUUGCGUUUUCAUCAAGAUUACCAUAAAAUGUUACCGGGUCUUAUCAUGGCAUUUGCCAUAAUACUAGCUAGCUCAUCUUUGUCCAGCGCUUACACCACUGAGACCUAUGGCACCGGGACUUAUAACUACUACAACAGUGGACAGACCAGACGUUGGAGUGGAACCGGAACUCUAAACGGCUAUUAUGGGGUAACUGGCCAACCGGGAAAUAAACACCGGGUGGGUACACAAGCUCCCAGCGCCGUGGGCAUACUAACUACCCAUAUGGCACUGGUAGCCACGGUUAUGGAGGUCAUACUGGCAACUACCGUGUGCACGGCACUGGUAGGCCCUACACAAGUGGAUACUACCAAGGAACUACUCAGGGCCAUUAAAUAA